CAGAUUGGAAACCUUUUGUUGCUACGUACAUGAUAACGACUGUGCCCGAUCAUCGAUCAUUAGAAAAAAAUAAUGACUUGUGAAUAAUUUUUUUCAAUCAUAUUUCCACCAACUACUCGGUCUAAAAGAAAGCAAGUUAGCAAGUAGUUCCGGGAAAUCAACUCACUACGCGCAUGGCAAGGCAAAAAGUAAACAAACCACGAUUGUAAACACAUGUAGCCUGACAAUAAUUUUUUGGUGAUUUUCUCGUUGUGAAUUUCGAGAUAAUUUUGGAAGUUUUGCGAGCCGUACUUGAUACAUUGAGAGAUAUCUCAUAUGAACCAACAAUGGCCAGAAAGCAUGAAAUGAGCUCCAACACCGAGAAUCAAUCUGGAAUAGACGCGACUUUUAGCCAUCAGAUAAUUGGCAUGAAGUGUGCUGUGAUUGACAGGCGCCCGCCACCUGACAUGAAAAUGAAAAGAAAGAAGAUGUCUGGGUUGAGGCGUGCUAUCCAAGCUAUCUUCAAGCCCAAAGACAAGACAGCUGAUUCUCCUGAUAUAAACAUAUCCAAUCCUGCUAUUCCUUCAAGAUUGGAGAAAGAGGUGAAUGAGGAUGUUGCCACGGUAACAGAAGCCAAUGAAGAAAGCUAUUCCUCAUCCCAGUGUUCUUCUGCCUCUACAAAGUCUCUGGAGACAGGCUCCUCACAAUCUGCACCAGCUAUCUCAACUCUCUCACCUCCUGAGAAAAACUUAACUCCCCAUGCUAGAGCAUCAAGGCCGACCAAGACUCCAUCUGAAGGCAAAAGCAAGAAGUCUGGCUUUUACAUGUACAAUGGGCAUCCAUCAUACCUGGGGAGUCGCUUGUACCAGUGUAGAGACGUCAAACCAGGACUGGAUAUUUUGGGACGAUGGGUGGAGCUAGGCUGUGGCGAGACUGGAACCACACGUCUUGUCCACAUCCCGUCUGAAAAUGGCAAACUCGUCGCUGCAAAGAUCAUCCAAGGAGAGGACCCUGAGGUCCGAUUUCACAAGGAACUUGAUGCCCUCCACAUUGUCAAUGGCCAUCCAUCAUUUCCACAUCUGGUAGGCGUUAUCCAACAGUCCCCACUCCGUUGUAUCUUGGAGGAGUUCGUCGGCAAUGACUUUAUCCCCGAGAACACCACCUUGGAGGACGUCCUGAAGGACAAGAAGAUCGUCGCAUCAGAGAUACCUUACAGCGACUGGGUCCAGAUUGCCCAGGACAUAGCUGACGGAAUAAAACACCUCCAUCAGCUGGAAUACCUCCACAUCAAUCUCAAGCCAGAAAACAUCCUGCUUUAUGCCACAGACGGCAACUGGAAAGGCUGGCGAGCCAAGAUCUGUGACCUAGGAGACUGCACCUUUAUGAGGCUUGCUCCCAAGAUCCACUCCACCCCAGAGAUCCAAGCUGCAGCAGAGUCUGCUGCUAAGCCCUUCGUAGCACCUGAGGUGCUCCGAGGUGAGACCCCAUACACAGUGGCCUCUGAUAUCUACGCUCUUGGAAGAGUACUCUCUGCGAUCGGAAAGAAGACCAAAAUCACCUUGCUCCAGCACAUUGGCAAGAAGUGCUCCCGCAAGACUGCUGUCAAGCGCCCCGACAUCGACAAGGUGUACAACAUGCUGGAACGUCCUUCCACUCCCAAAUAGACUAAUGACAGUUGAUGAUUAUGUGGAGAUGGUUCCAUCCAGAGAGUGGCAGGCAAUAAAAGACGGUGCCAACUACAUGUGGAUCACAUAAAAAUUGGACACUUAAGUUCAUCUGUUUGAAACCACAUUGCUUUCCUCAAAGGCCAGGUCACUGAUCUUGCUAAGUGCUUAAAGGCCUUCUUGCAUAUAAUCCACUGAAUGCCCACUCAAGUUUUACUAAAAAAUAAACAGUAACUUGUACAGCAGAACUGUGGGCAGAUGCCUUUUAAAAAAUCACGUUGAAAUGAGCUGGUAAAGAUAUAUAUAUUAUGACUUUCCAGGGCCUAAUGUAUUCCAGUAACUAUCCUCCAAGACUCUUGCAAUAAUUGCAUAACAAUUACUUUACUAAGGAAAAAGGCACAACUCUACUAUGCUGCCAAGAGAGCUGUCAGUCAGUAUCAGUCCUAAACAAUAAGAAGAAACAUUAUUUUGUUUUGUAUUGCAUUACCACAAAUUACUUUCUGCUGGACAGAAAACAUGAACAUAUUUCUAAAUGCAAUCCUUUGCAACACAAGGAGUUGUGCUUCUUCAUGGGCCAUGUCCCUGCUAUUCUUUUUGGAUGAAAACAAUGCAAUUAUUAAUUUUGAUAAAAUUUGUAAAUUUGACCAGUUACAAAAUUUUGUAUGGAAUCACUGCCACAAAUACUUCCGAUUUGUAAAAGAUGUUGCAGUACUAAGGACUCAACAUUUCUAGUUAUGAAAUGAUCAUGAAAAUUGUUGAAAACC